UAACCAACACACAGCAAAUAGUGUCGGUGAAUUAAUAGACGUGGUAUGUGUUAUGCGUUAAGUUGCCCAACAUAUCGUACCGUACGACCGCCUUCACGCCACGUUCAGUCUAUCCGCGGCAGCCAACAUGUAUAGGGCGGGAGCUGCGGUACAGCGCCACGGGCGGGCACUCUCAACGGUAGGCCGCAGGGUGCUCAACGGCAGCAAGAGGUCCCCCACGGACGUCCCUCCCCUGGCCCCCCUAACAGCCCUCCGCCACGUGCACACCACAGCGCCCGCAGCAAAGAAGGACGAGAAGGACAAGAGAGUCCCCAGACCGACCUUGACGAAGCGCAUCCCGACGCCUGAGGUGAAGAAGGCGGCGGCGAAGGUCGCGGGCUGGAAGGAGACAUGGGACCCCAAGAAGCCGUCCACCGCCUCGAAGGCCAUCGCGGCGGCCCUGGGGAAGAAGGGCGGCGAGGAGACGGCGCCGGAGGCCUCGGCAGCCUUCAAGGGCGCCACGCUGAAGGACAUCAUUGCCGCGCAGCCGGAGAUCCUGCAGCCGGCGAAGAAGAGGGAUGAUUCGUCUUCGUCCGACUCCGACAAGGCAGCGGCUGAGAAAGCUGCACCAGAGCCUGUGAAGGAAACAGCAGUGAAGGAACCAGUCAAGGAAGCGGAACCAGCUGCUGCUGCUGCUGCACCAGCUGCAGCUGCGCCAGAACCAGUCAAGGAAGCAGAACCAGCUGCUGCUGCACCAGAACCAGUCAAGGAAGCAGAACCAGCUGCUGCUGCACCAGAACCAGUCAAGGAAGCAGAACCAGCUGCUGCUGCACCAGAACCAGUCAAGGAAGCAGAACCAGCUGCUGCUGCACCAGAACCAGUCAAGGAAGCAGAACCAGCUGCUGCUGCACCAGAACCAGUCAAGGAAGCAGAACCAGCUGCUGCUGCACCAGAACCAGUCAAGGAAGCAGAACCAGCUGCUGCUGCACCAGAACCAGUCAAGGAAGCAGAACCAGCUGCUGCUGCACCAGAACCAGUCAAGGAAGCAGAACCAGCUGCUGCUGCACCAGAACCAGUCAAGGAAGCAGAACCAGCUGCUGCUGCACCAGAACCAGUCAAGGAAGCAGAACCAGCUGCUGCUGCACCAGAACCAGUCAAGGAAGCAGAACCAGCUGCUGCUGCACCAGAACCAGUCAAGGAAGCAGAACCAGCUGCUGCUGCACCAGAACCAGUCAAGGAAGCAGAACCAGCUGCUGCUGCGCCAGAACCAGCUGCCGCAGCCGCAGAAUCAGCUGCUGCUGCACCAGAACCAGCUGCAGCUGCACCAGAACCAGCUGCUGCUGCGCCAGAACCAGCUGCCGCAGCCGCAGAAUCAGCUGCUGCUGCACCAGAACCAGCUGCAGCUGCACCAGAACCAGCUGCUGCUGCGCCAGAACCAGUCAAGGAAGCAGAACCAGCUGCUGCUGCGCCAGAACCAGUCAAGGAAGCAGAACCAGCUGCUGCUGCACCAGAACCAGUCAAGGAAGCAGAACCAGCUGCUGCUGCGCCGGAACCAGCUGCCGCAGCCGCAGAAUCAGCUGCUGCUGCACCAGAACCAGCUGCUGCUGCGCCAGAACCAGUCAAGGAAGCAGAACCAGCUGCUGCUGCGCCAGAACCAGCUGCUGCUGCACCAGAACCAGCUGCUGCAGCACUAGAACCAGUCAAGGAAGCAGAACCAGCUGCAGCUGCACCAGAACCAGUUGCUGCUGCUGCGCCAGAACCAGUCAAGGAAGCAGAACCAGCUGCUGCUGCACCAGAACCAGCUGCAGAUGCGCCAGAACCAGUCAAGGAAGCAGAACCAGCUGCCGCAGCCGCAGAACCUGCCCCAGAACCAGCGUCACUAGAGCCAGUCCAAGAAACAGCGGCCCCCGAAUCAGAAGUUUCUCCAGACGCUUUACUACAACAAGCAGAUGCUGCUGCAGCAGCAGAAGCCGCCGCAGCAGCCGCUGUCGCUGCAGUAGAAGCAGCAUCCACAACGCCUUUGAGUGAAGACACAGAAGAAGAGUCGCUGGGAAAAGUAACAGCUGUCAUCGGCGCCGUGGUAGACGUCCAGUUCAAGGGAAGUCUUCCACCUAUUCUCAAUGCGCUGGAAGUGGAGGGCCGCACGCCGAGGCUCGUGCUGGAAGUGGCGCAGCAUCUCGGCGGUAACACAGUACGAACAAUUGCCAUGGACGGUACAGAGGGUAUUAUUCGUGGACAAACUGUGACUGAUUCAGGGAGUCCCAUUUCAAUCCCUGUUGGUCCCUCAACACUUGGCAGAAUCAUGAACGUUAUCGGCGAGCCCAUCGACGAGAGAGGACCCAUCGACUCCAAAGCCUACGCCGCCAUCCACGCAGACGCACCGAGCUUCGAGGACAUGAGUGUUGAACAGGAAAUCCUCGUGACGGGCAUCAAGGUGGUGGACAUGCUGGCCCCUUACUCGAAGGGAGGGAAAAUUGGUUUAUUCGGUGGUGCUGGCGUGGGCAAAACCGUACUCAUUAUGGAGCUCAUCAAUAACGUGGCCAAAGCUCAUGGUGGAUACUCUGUCUUCGCCGGCGUGGGAGAGAGGACGCGCGAAGGAAAUGAUCUGUACCAUGAGAUGAUUGAGUCCGGAGUCAUUUCACUCAAGGAUGAUACGUCUAAGGUAGCCCUUGUGUACGGCCAGAUGAACGAGCCACCCGGUGCCCGAGCUCGCGUGGCGCUCACCGGCCUCACUGUGGCGGAGUAUUUCCGAGACGAAGAGGGCCAAGACGUGCUAUUCUUUGUGGACAACAUUUUCAGAUUUACGCAGGCAGGUUCCGAGGUAUCUGCCCUCUUAGGACGCAUCCCUUCUGCCGUGGGGUACCAGCCUACUCUCGCGACCGACAUGGGCAGCAUGCAGGAGAGAAUUACCACGACCAAGAAGGGAUCUAUUACGUCAGUGCAGGCCAUCUACGUGCCAGCGGACGACCUGACGGACCCCGCCCCGGCUACCACCUUCGCCCAUCUCGACGCCACCACCGUGCUCUCGAGGGGCAUCGCCGAGCUGGGCAUCUACCCCGCCGUGGACCCUCUAGAUUCCACGUCGAGGAUUAUGGACCCAAACAUCAUCGGCGACGAACACUACGGGACGGCCAGAGGCGUUCAGAAGAUCUUGCAGGACUACAAAUCCUUGCAAGACAUCAUCGCCAUCCUGGGCAUGGACGAGCUCUCCGAAGACGACAAACUGACCGUGUCCAGAGCUCGCAAAAUCCAGAAGUUCAUGUCGCAGCCUUUCCAAGUCGCCGAGGUGUUCACCGGCUACGAGGGAAAGUUCGUCAGUCUUGAGAACACAAUAAAGAGUUUCAAGGAAAUCUUAGCAGGGACGUACGACAAUCUGCCCGAAGCCGCUUUCUACAUGGUCGGCGACGUUUCAGAAGUGGAGGUGAAGGCAGCUCAACUUGCGCAGUAGGGGGGGGGGGGGGGGCUUCCUUGUACAAAAUAAAUUAGAUUGAGAAAUGUUAUUCUUUGCGAAGGAUUUAUGAGCAAGUCAGGUAGGGUGUGUAUAAAAUUAAAGACGGAGGGGUAUUGAAGAAAAGAUAUAUAGAUAUAGGGUUGAUAAAGUGUCUAAUGUUGUGAUAAACUCAGAAUAUGAUGGUUUUUAAUAAAGUGAUAUUUUGAA